GAUUUUUUGAAAUACAAGCUUAUUGUUACAUAAAUGGAUUGUUUUGGUGAAUUAUAUUCUGUUCAUUAAUUGUGUUUUUUUUUUGUUCUUUUAACUGGAAUCGCCAUUAAAAAUUAAUUGUAGAAGAAUGUUGUGGAGCAGUUUGACAAAAUAUUGAUAAUUAAAAGCAGCAUUAUUUCUAAAUUUAAAUCUAUGGAAUUUCUUUGAAUAAAAAUAUUUGCUGUGACAACAAGCGCUUUCUUGUCUCUUUAUCGUUACGUCAACAGAUUGUUUUGGAAUUUAGAAAAGAAAACGAAGCAUGAAUGUAUGGUCGUAUAAAUGUGUUAUUGCCUUUGCUUAUUGGUCAGUUUUUACUGGCUCGGAAGGGGUAACAGCUUUGCAACAGAUUUUCCAUUCAUCAUAUGCACAAUUCAACACAUACCCGAUCAUAAAUGCCGUGGAACACCUACCUAACAUGGUAAUUGACGACUGUAAAGACUUUUUUAGACAGAAUCUGACGCUGGACGGCAUUUGUCCUAACGGAACGAAUCCACACUGUGUGGAAAAUAAUUCUCCACCAAUGAAGGAGUUCCUUUUUAUAUGCACACCAACAAGCACCUGUGAUGAAAAUGCAAGGAGUAUAGUGUACGUCGAUCGAAGAAGUCCAGAUAUGUAUUUUCUUGGAAAGAAAUCUUGCAAGGGCGGUUAUUUACACACAAAAGAUGGUGACUGCUUCGCACCGUGUAACGUUUGGGAUGGUAGAAUUCAGAUCUACAAGAAAAGUACUAGUUCAAGCCGAGCUACUGUAUAUUGUAACUACGAGUAUAGGUACUGCAAUCCGUUUAAACCGAAGCUUUUCGAACUGACAAGAGAAUCUAAUGUCUGCUCUCUGAGACUUGAUAAAGUAUGUCCAGCUGGUAUGGAUAGACUAUCGGAUUGCACAUGUGAUGCGAAAUGUAAAGAAGGAUUUAGAAGAGAUCCAGCUGACGAUUUCAAAUGCAAGAAAGACGCUAAUUAUCCAGUCAUGAAUCAAGAAUCAUCAAAAGAAUCAAACACUUUAUUACAAAUAUCGAAUUUUACAGCUCAUGCACAGUAUACAGGUUUACGUGUUUCAUGGUGUAUUGUACAUGCCGAAAAUACCUAUUUGUUGCUAAAACACAUAGAGGUAUCUUAUAAAGCUGUCAAUAAUGUCACGGUAAACGAUUUGCCUACAGUACCCCAUGAAGAUGAUUGUCAGGAUGUUGUCAUUGAACACCUUUUCCCAGGAAAAAAGUACAUAUUGUUUGUCAAAUUUGUGUAUGAACAUAAUGGUCAAAACGUUUCUGACACACGGCGCACAUAUGGGAAAACGAAACCUAAAUCUGUGAAAGAUUUAAAUGCAACAUUUUCUGGGACGAUUCUUAGCGCAGAAUGGCUUCCACCAAACGACAGCAUUUUUGACAAGUACGUUAUCGUAAUAAGGAACCAGCGGAAAGAAUGGAGGGAGUUGGAAAUGUACGAAACAAGCUAUUUUGAACAGUUAACCGAUGCAAUUCCUGGCGAAAAGUAUGAAGUUACAGUGUAUACUGUGAGCAACAAUGUCAAAAGUGAUAAAAAGAUGAAAUUCUUAAAUUACCCUCCUCUUCCACCGAGGAAGAUUUACUGCUCAUUUCUCCCUGGAGGCGACCAAGGAACAGACAGACAUGUAUUCUGGUUCAACAACGAUAAAUUAAGCUACGUUGAUGGUUAUUAUGUGAGCUACAGUUCUACAACUACAGGAGACAGUAAACUCGAUGUUUAUUUACCCAUAUCGCACAGUCAGGAAGAAGUGUCAUAUGAUAUGAGAAACCUACACCUUGGACAGACGUAUACUGUCAUGGUCAAGAGUCAAAUAGAAGGUGUGAAUUCAACUGCUCCUACACAAAUCAUUAUAUCAAUACCGUGCUAUGAUGACGACAACAAUGACAUAAUUAUACCUGUCCUCAUAUUAGUUGUUGUUGUUUUGCUUUACAUAAUCUAUGGAGGAAAAAACGAGGAAAUAAAGCAAAAUCUUCAAGGUGAGAUUUACAGGAUCACCAAAAACCGUCGCAGUGUGAGCGGAAACGUUAUAAAGAUAAAAGCUGGAAAAAAUGCAAACAUAUAUCACACGGAUCUUACGGGAAACAAUCAUUCAAAUCCCAUAGUCGACUCUUCAGCUAGUAGUGAGGAAGAAGCAUAAUUAAAAAGGAAAAAUUUGUAAGUAUAAUAGAAAGGAAGAAGAAGAAAAAUGUGAAAGAAAAGUGCAUUGCUUUAUUGAUAAUGCUCAUAUUUCCUACUGAACAUAUUUAUGUUACUGGUUAAAAAGCUGAGAAUCAAGAGAAUUGGAAAGGAACAAGGACACUGCCCAUAACACUGAUAUAUAAUUUGGCGAAGUACGAGUUUUUCGUCUCGGAACCAAAACUGUGGCAGCUGCUGUCAAAUAAAUCGCUGUAUCCCAAAGCUUUAGAAUAAUUAACCAGUCGUACAAUAUCAUAUAUUGUAUAUAAAAUAUCGAGAUAUUUUACUAAAAGAAAAUAUUUAGUUGACAUGUCCUAACAAAUUGAUGGAAUGAAAAAUAGGAAACAUGUAUAAAGCUUAACACGGAAAAAGUAUGAAAGUGAAAACAUAGUAUUGUGGAUGUUUGUACUCACUUUAAAGAGUUAAUAUUAUGUAAUCUUGAAGUGGAUUUUGAGAGUCAACAUUUUUAAAUGAUUUGAUUUACAACAUUCAGGUAACUAAGCAUCUGAGGAACUAAAUUAAGCAUUUACAGUUUUAAUGAAAUACGUCAUGCAAAUUAGUUAUAAGGCAGAGAUAAAGCAUUGAUUGUGAAACUACUUUUUGUAAUUGGCUUACCGGCCUCGUUAUUAAAGUUGAAAUGUUGACAUUCUAAAAUAGCUGUAAGGUUAAUAUAUUUGAAAUGCAUUCUUCUAUGACAUUAUUUUGGUAACUUCUUUCUAUUUUCUACCGGCUUUCUCCGGGUGAAUACAUGUACUUAACUCAUCUAAAAGGGUUUCAUUUAAACGCAAUGUCAGAAUUGCUAGUUGUAUAACACUAUAUGUUAUAUAUAUGUGUCAUUGUAUAUAUAUUUCUUUUGUACACUGCCCGCUGUUGUAUUUGUGACUAUGUAUGUCAUCACGGGCUUUUUAGCCUAUUUGAUUUGGAAUAAAGUGUCUGUCUGUCUAUUAUUAACUGAUUCAAUAUGUAUAUAUACAUGCCGAAAUUUCAUGUAUGGUUUUAAAUACUUAUUAUUAUGUUACUAAGAAGCACUAUAUUAUAAUGAUUACUGUAUAUAUUUCACUCUGGCUGUACGUGAUUUGUAAUAAGUUAUCACUGCAUAAUGUGUGUAUAUAUGGUGACGAGGAACUGCUUGUUUUUCAAGUCAAAGUUCUGUUCUGUUAUUAAGAAUUAUGUUAUUCUCCAUCUGCAUAUAUUUAUUGUAGUUUCAACCUCGAUUGAGGGAGGGCCGUUGUAUAAACUUAACAAAGGCAAUAUGAGGAUCGCAUCUAAAUCCAUUUAAAAGAACAAUCUGUAUAUAUGAUUCUUGAGACAUAAGACGUAACUUAAUUUCUCCAUAUGUUCAUAAUAUAUUUUACUGUUGAGUUUUUGUAAAUCGUUAUGAAAAGGUGUCAGUGAUUUGAUAUACCUCUAUUUUUAAUAGUUUAUGUAAUAGCAUUCGAAGUAUGAAAGCCAGUCAUUUGAUACUCUUUAUUGUGUUUUAAAUAGGGCUUAUCUUGUUGUAUAGGUUUCAUGUAAGUGAAUAUAUUUGUUUUCUUUAAGGAAUGUAUAUGCAUGUCAUUACUUCAUUAUUCAUUUGACAUUUUUAAAUUUGUUCAACAUUUAUUUACUGUUAUAUCAUAACACCUGCUGUAGAAAUCGCCGUUGUUUUGUGUAAUCUAAUCAGAAAAUGACAUCAUUUUAUAUCAUUGCUGUCUUUGUUAUUAAGUGUUAAACUAUAGUUACCAGUAAAUUAGAUAGCUGUAAUAUGUAUCAUGUCAUACGUAAAGCAAAAUGAUGACAAGAUAAAGAAUGUCGAAGACUUUUGAAAAAGGGUGAGCCAGUGUUGUAACAUCUAGACAGGGAGUGGUGUGUGUGUGAGGGGAUCUAACUCAGUGGAAAAAAAAUUCAUGAAAAUAUGUACGAUUUAGGCUGUCUUAACAUUGUGACUACAAUAGAUACAUUUUAUAAUAACCAAAGAAAUAUGCAUUACAAAAGUACAACUACAAAGAAAAUUUGAAUAAAUCGACUCUUUAGAAUUAGAUUUAGUAGGGAAUCCCAUGAAAACAUAGGGAGAAGUAUGUGGCCUGUUAUCCUCGGUUCAAAAAUUGUAAAUGGAUUUUAAAGUCAUACUGAAUUUAUCAUGCUGAUUAAUGUGACUUUUUUCCUGAUAGCUUACUCGAAGCGACAUAUAAGUUUACAAAAGUACGCUCAGGUAACUAUUUUGUCGUGUUAUUUAUACAUUUUACUAACCAGGGUAGAGUGUGCUAUAAAUAACUACCCAGUAUUGGGUUUUCCGUUCUAAAAAUAAAUCACCCGUCAGUGAAGAACGAUUCUCCCCAAGUCUAUUGAUACAGUGGUUCAAAUGAUAGGACGUUUCGGGACAGACUGUCUGCGAUGACAACGAUCAUAAGAUAAGUCAUCCCGAUAAGCCAGAUGAGUAAGGCUAUUGAACCACUUACUUUUUACAGUAGAGGAGGCAAAAUGAAAUAGUGGAUGGCAACUUAUUAACCUUAGCUUAGGUUACGACGUUUUUGAAUUGGACCUUUCUGACGAAGAGUAUUUACCCAUAAUGAGGUGUUUUAUUAAAAAAAAAAGAAUUCUACUCCCAAAUAAGGCGGGCCGGUGGUCUAGUGGUAACACGCUUGACUGUCAAUCCAGAUGUCUGGGGUUCAAAUCCCGGUUCAGGCACUGGACAUUUCUGAGAUGCUCUUGAGUGUCUCCCACCAAACUAGAGGUCUGUACUGGUUCUUCCCAGGAAAGACGGCUUCGCGUGUAUCGGUGCUAUACACCGGGCACGUUAAAGAACCAGACUGUCAAUUCGCAAAGAGCUAGGCUAAGUUAGCCGGACACGUCUGUAUCUAAAAUGUUCUCUCUGUCUGUUUUGGGGGCUUUAUCUCACUCUGUCCCUCUGUGUAGAUAUGGUGACGAGGACCUGCUUGUUUUUCAAGUCAAAGUUCUGUUCUGUUAUUAAGAAUUAUGUUAUUUCUCCAUCUGCAUAUAUUUAUUGUAGUUUCAACCUCGAUUGAGGGAGGGCCGUUGUAUAAACUUAACAAAGGCAAUAUGAGGAUCGCAUCUAAAUCCAUUUAAAAGAACAAUCUGUAUAUAUGAUUCUUGAGACAUAAGACGUAACUUAAUUUCUCCACAUGUUCAUAAUAUAUUUUACUGUUGAGUUUUUGUAAUUCGCUAUGAAAAGGUGUCAGUGAUUUGAUAUACCUGUAUUUUUAAUAGUUUAUGUAAUAGCAUUUGAAGUAUGAAAGCCAGUCAUUUGAUACUCUUUUAUUGUGUUUUAAAUAGGGCUUAUCUUGUUGUAUAGGUUUCAUGUAAGUGAAUAUAUUUGUUUUCUUUAAGGAAUGUAUAUGCAUGUCAUUACUUCAUUAUUCAUUUGACAUUUUUAAAUUUGUUCAACAUUUAUUUACUGUUAUAUCAUAACACCUGCUGUAGAAAUCGCCGUUGUUUUGUGUUAUCUAAUCAGAAAAUGACAUCAUUUUAUAUCAUUGCUGUCUUUGUUAUUAAGUGUUAAACUAUAGUUACCAGUACAUUAGAUAGCUGUAAUAUGUAUCAUGUCAUACGUAAAGCAAAAUGAUGACAAGAUAAAGAAUGUCGAAGACUUUUGAAAAAGGGUGAGCCAGUGUUGUAACAUCUAGACAGGGAGUGGUGUGUGUGUGAGGGGAUCUAACUCAGUGGAAAAAAAAUUCAUGAAAAUAUGUACGAUUUAGGCUGUCUUAACAUUGUGACUACAACAGACACAUUUUAUAAUAACCAAAGAAAUAUGCAUUACGAAAGUACAACUACAAAGAAAAUUUGAAUAAAUCGACUCUUUAGAAUUAGAUUUAGUAGGGAAUCCCAUGAAAACAUAGGGAGAAGUAUGUGGCCUGUUAUCCUCGGUUCAAAAAUUGUAAAUGGAUUUUAAAGUCAUACUGAAUUUAUCAUGCUGAUUAAUGUGACUUUUUUCCUGAUAGCUUACUCGAAGCGACAUAUAAGUUUACAAAAGUACGCUCAGGUAACUAUUUUGUCGUGUUAUUUAUACAUUUUACUAACCAGGGUAGAGUGUGCUAUAAAUAACUACCCAGUAUUGGGUUUUCCGUUCUAAAAAUAAAUCACCCGUCAGUGAAGAACGAUUCUCCCAAAGUCUAUUGAUACAGUGGUUCAAAUGAUAGGACGUUUCGGGACAGACUGUCUGCGAUGACAACGAUCAUAAGAUAAGUCAUCCCGAUAAGCCAGAUGAGUAAGGCUAUUGAACCACUUACUUUUUACAGUAGAGGAGGCAAAAUGAAAUAGUGGAUGGCAACUUAUUAACCUUAGCUUAGGUUACGACGUUUUUGAAUUGGACCUUUCUGACAAGGAGUAUUUACCCAUAAUGAGGUGUUUUAUUAAAAAAAAAGAAUUCUACUCCCAAAUAAGGCGGGCCGGUGGUCUAGUGGUAACACGCUUGACUGUCAAUCCAGAUGUCUGGGGUUCAAAUCUCGGUUCAGGCACUGGACAUUUCUGAGAUGCUCUUGAGUGUCUCCCACCAAACUAGAGGUCUGUACUGGUUCUUCCCAGGAAAGACGGCUUCGCGUGUAUCGGUGCUAUACACCGGGCACGUUAAAGAACCAGACUGUCAAUUCGCAAAGAGCUAGGCUAAGUUAGCCGGACACGUCUGUAUCUAAAAUGUUCUCUCUGUCUGUUUUGGGGGCUUUAUCUCACUCUGUCCCUCUGGUCAGAUCGCUCUGUGUAUGUACUAGUAGAGGAUGAAUUUCGCGCCCUGUGUGGCUGCAUUUGCUGUAUGUAAAGCGCCUUUGAACGUGUUUAUCAUGAAAAGGGCGCUAUAUAAAUCUGGUAUAAUAAUAAUAAUAAAAAAAAUAAGAAUAAUGCAAAGCUUUAUAAAUAAGUGUUGCCGUAACUAAACCCAAAUAAACAUUUUUGUUUUAUAGAUAUCGAAUCCAUGACUUGUUACAUUAUAUUGGUGCGUUCCACAUGAUAUGUUAUUGUAUUGUUUGUAGUUACUAACUCAACCUUGUCUAAAUAAAUUACUUUUUGUUUA